CAUACACUCUUCUUCCAACCUCUCUGCUAGCUGGGACCUGAACUCCUCUCCAGACAUGGAUUACAUGGGUGCUCAUCUUGCCUUUAAAUCGCGCUGGAAAGCGACAGACGUUGAUCUCUGUCGACACAGCAUGUCUUUCGUUCUGCACAAUUGCAUUAGGAACGACUUCUUUGUGAGCUAUCUGUUCCUGCUGGAGAAAAUCCCUCUGGUUAAACUCUAUGCCUUGACCAGUGAAGUCAUCGAUGGGGAAAAGCAGUUCUAUGUCCGAGCACAACAUUUCUACCAAAAUGUGCCUGCCACAGAGGAGGGGAUGAUGGGUGACUUCCUUGAACUGUCGGAAGUUGACAUUGAAGGCUCCAGAGAAUUCUUAAAAAAAUUUGUUGGGGGUCCAGGGAAGGCAGGCACGGCAUGUGCUCUAGACUGCGGUUGUGGGAUUGGCAGGGUCAGUAAGAACGUCCUCCUGCCCGUGUUUGAGAAAGUGGAAAUGGCUGACAUGAUGGAGAACUUUCUCAUCCAUGCUCACGAGCAUUACCUAGGCGACGAUGCAGACCGCGUUGAGACCUACUACUGCUACUCCCUGCAGGACCUGACCCCUCCCGUUAAGAAGUAUGAUGUCAUCUGGAUACAGUGGGUCGCAUGUCACCUCACUGACAAAGAUUUGUCCUUGUUUCUGACGAGAUGCAAAGCCAGUCUUAAACUGAACGGAGUUAUAAUUUUAAAGGAUAACAUGGCCAGAGAGGGCUGCAGGUUGGACCCAGAUGACAGCAGUUUGAUCAGACACAUGGACAUUGUCAAGAGCAUUAUCCAUAAAACUGAUCUGGAGAUCAUCUGCACACAGAAGCAGGAGGGCAUACCCGAAUCAUUCGUUCCUGUAUGGAUGAUUGCCUUGAAGUAGACUACUUAGGACUGCAGUGUUUGUUGUAGAAAGAAAGACCAAAGAUUGGUACAAGCCAUAUUAUUAAAACACACACACACACAUAUUGCCCUUAGUGACAGAGGAUCUCAAUUCUGCAUGGUUGAACAUUAUUAUUCCAUUGACUUCAUACUCAACUUCAACAGGGGAAAAACUGUGCAUAUGAAAGGAACAAUAUUGUAUCAUUUAUAAACAACUAGAGUAGAGAUAAAUUAAAGCUACUCUCAGUGUAUUCAAUAUCAUUACAUUUGGCUGACAAUGUUAUAUUACUGUAAAUCUGCUGAUCAGCCACUUAAAGAUAAUUUGUAAAUCAAUCACACACAGAGUCAGGCCCCUCACUCCCCUGAAACAAGAUUAUUUUAAUGUCAUUCUUUUUUAGUACAAGCUUGUGCACAACAACUGCACAUUCUUGGAAUGCGAGGGGUAAUUAACUGUAAUAGCUGUGUGCGUGGUGAGAAUGCCAGCAUACAUUUGUCCUCUCAGCUGUAAAGUCUGUUUUGAUUAAUCAGAUAUAGUUUUGUAUGCAGGGAAACCUUUGUAAACCGUCUAGAACACAUUUUUACUGUCAAUCAUUGUAUAAUCCAUUACAAUAAAUAUUUAUUCCAAGAACAAAAAUCGUAUUUAAAAAAUUUUAAAAAAUGCAAUCUGUAGUGUGCUGUUGAAACCAGUCACUUAUUUUAGACUGGUGUACAUUUAUUUUUGUGUGAUAUCUACCUACAUUUGCCACUAAAAUAUAUUGUUUCUUUAACAGUUGUUCUACAGUUUUGGUCUGUAUAUUUAUACCUAUCUAUUUUUAUAAUAUAUGUUUUGAAUAGAUCAGAAAAGAUGAUGUGUUUUGUGUCAAAACUUAGCAACUAUUUGAAUGUUAGUCUAUUUAUUAAAAAUAAUAUAUACGUUGUGUUUUCUAGUCAUGCGGUAUUGGUUCAGGCUAUGGAAAAUCACAAUGUUCAAUUUCUAAGUCACUAUAAUUUACAGGAUAUAGAAAUGAUUGUCUAUAAAAAAAAGAAAAACAACUUCCAGUUCAGUCUAUCAAGAUUCCUUUUAAAAAUCUUUUAACCAUGUUUAUUAAUAUUUAUUUCUCAUUAUCCAGGUAUGCAUUCCUUUGUUAUUAAUCGUUGUAAUUUAUUGUAACUAAGGUCUUUUGGCCCCUGAAUUUUGUGUCCAAAUACCUGAAGGUGGUAUGACAGGGAGAGUAACUAACUUUACCAAGAAAGGACAACAUCUAAUUUAUCAAAGUGUUUCUGUAAAAAAUCAGUAAAAAUGCUUUCUACCUGUCUCGGUAUGGUAACUGUUUAUUUAUCUGAAUUGCACUUGCAAAAUGGUGUGUGGCUAGAAACUUUGUAAACUAUUAAUGCUAUUUUGUUUUUGAUUAGAUUUUGUCCCAAUUAACCAGAAUUGCUACUUGUCCUCCUUUCAUAAGUCUUGAGCAAGCUGUUAUUAAUGAACCAAGAAACAAUCUUGUAAAUUGCAUACCCACCGAGGUACAGAAUAUUGUCAUUUCAUAAAGCACACAAAACAGUGUCCGAUCUUGUACGAAAAGUGGUAGUACUUGAGAUUACAGGGCAUGAAUAGUGAUGUCUAUUAGAGUGUCUUCAUUUUUUCACAAAUCUGAAGAUUUGAUGAGAGUUGACGUGGGACUUUGAUUUGUGAUAUUUGAACGUUGUAAUCUUCAGGAUUUAUGAAUGCAAUGUGUUGCAUCUCAAAGACUGAAGCUUGAAAUAUAAAAUUAAUAAAUAAACUGAA